GAGGAAAAGAAGCAGCGAAUGCGUGAAAACGCGCGAGCCAGGCAAGCAAAACACCGGUUGAAUGUCAAAGCUCGACGGCUAGCCGCCUUUGAUCUUCCUGUUGAGUUUUCUGGGGGUCAGGGUUCGCCUCUGGUAAGUAAUGUUCUUCAUCUCUGGAGUCCCUAAUUUUGGCUCGCAGGAAAUGGUUGACAGGAUCGACCCGGCACUUGUGGCCGAAGGGCAGAAUAUACAACCAAUCCCUACACCACCUCCGUCCAUGUUCGGGAACACCUUGAUGCUCGCACUUACUUGCUCUCCAACACUGAAAGAAGCCUUGCUACGCUUGUAUGAGAUACGAAGCGAGGAUCUGCCUUCAUUGGAGGCAACUAUCUCCGCUGCCUUCGACCAUUGGAAUCAAGAGCGGCUUGCUGCCACGGGAAGGAUGCAACCUCCCUCGCAUAUCCUGCCGCCAGAGUUACAUGUGCCAUCACACGCUGGUUCUCCCACCAAUAGACCAAACUUUGCUUCGACUAGCUCAGCACCGCCGCGGCCUCUUGUGCCCCAUCCUCAUCCAGUAAAUCCGUUCACCGAUCACCGAUACUUUGAUACCACAAGUAUCGACGCUAGCUUGAAGCGCAAUGGGCAUUCUAAUGGCAUACCUAUAAUGGAUUCGGUAUAUCCGGAAGGUCCCAUCGAAAACCCGCCCAUUGGAAUCCCACAUCCUCAUGUUUCCACUCCGCCACCAGUUUACGUUAGGCCUACAAAGCUCUGGGAUGACCUCAUCCAAGCGCGAGAAAAGGCUUUGGCUAAAUAUUUUGAGACCAUACCGGGAGCGCUCAGCGGUCGGUCGGGUCGUUCAUGACCACUUCUGUAAAGCAAACACCUUUGUUAGAGGCUCGUUGCUGGUCGGUUCAGCCUUCUGACUCGGACGACACGCUAACACCUCCUUCCAUGAGACCCUAGUCUCUUUACCUUAAUCCGUGGGACACUUUUUGC